AUGUUGGGAAAACCAUCGGAGGGAGACGAAGACGACGACCCGUUAUUCGACAAAGAUCUCCCGGAGGAUUUAACCAAGUCCACCGUCAAUGUGCUCACUAUACUCCAAUGGGUCAGUCUUGUUCUGAUUGUGGCAGCUCUGAUCACUAUCCUUGCGAUACCGGCUUGGAGGGAGAAGGAAGAGAGAGGCCUCCAAUGGUGGAAAUGGGAGGUCUUGAUACUUGUUCUGAUCCGUGGAAGAUUGGUUUCUGGUUGGGGGAUCAGAAUCAUUGUCUUCAUCGAGCGCAAUUUCCUUGAGCGCAAGAGGGUUUUGUAUUUCGUGUACGGAGUGAGGAAGCCGGUGCAGAACUGCAUCUGGUUUGGCUUGGUUCUGAUCGCAUGGCAAUACCUGUUUGACAAAAGGGUUGAGGCAGAGACCAACAACAGGUUUCUUAAAUUGGUGAACAAGUUCUUGUGGUGUUUGCUUGUGGGAGCUUUGGUGUGGCUGGUGAAAACCUUGAUGGUUAAGGUCCUUGCGUCUUCUUUCCACGUGAGCACGUUCUUUGAUCGAAUCCAGGAGUCGUUAUUCAAUCAAUACGUGAUAGAAAUGCUCUCUGGUCCGCCCCUGAUUGAGAUACAAACAAUCAGGGAAGACGAGGAGAGGACUAUGGCAGAGGUCCAGAAGCUUCAAAAUGCAGGAGCAAUGAUGCCUCCGGAUCUGAGGGCCACAGCGUUUGCGAAGAGCGGGAAGGUGGUGGGGAAAGUUUUCGAGAGCCUAUUCGAAAAGACGAUACCAAUUGACCAUUUGCAUAAGAUGAAUCCUCAGAAUGUAUCUGCUUGGAACAUGAAGAGGCUGGUGAAAAUAGUUCGGCAUGGGGUGCUGUCUACUCUGGAUGAGCAGAUAUUGGAUUUAACCAAUGGUGAUGAGUCUGCCACUCAGAUUAGGAGUGAAUUCGAAGCGAAAGUUGCAGCAAGGAAGAUCUUCCAGAAUGUUGCCAGGAGGGGGACCAAGUUCAUCCAUCUGGAAGACCUUAUGCGUUUCAUGCGAGAAGACGAGGCCAUGAAGACCAUCGCUCUCAUGGGAGGUUCACAUGAUAGUGAAAAAAUAAGCAAAUCUCUCCUAAAGAACUGGGUGGUUAAUGCUUUUAGAGAACGAAGAGCCCUAGCCCUGACACUAAACGACACGAAAACAGCAGUCAAUGUUUGUGAUGCAUCCAUUUGAUGUAGGCAAUCGGUGUGAGAUUUAUGGAGUUAAGAUGAUUGUCGAAAAUAAAGAGAGGGAAUCGUCACUAUCUGAUGGAGAUUACGCAGCUUAGGAUACGUCAUUAAAUCCCUGGCUUCCUCAUUGAUGAUACAAACGAUGACUCCGGUUAUGAUAAGGAUGCUUAUGAAGAUGGUGGUGGUGAUUCUUGUGAUAUUUUGAAUUGUGAUGAUUGUAAUGAUCCUUGUAGUCGUGACAACUACAAUGAUGGUAAUGAAGCCUAUCACAAAAAUCCCAAUGGUAGAAGACCCUGAUAAUGAUUGGGAUAAGGAAGGUUUUGUUGUUAUUGAAUUGUGCCAAUUGACGAUGCUUAGGCUAAUGCUAUUUCACUUUGUUUCCAGGUGAGGCCUAGGUGGAGGGGCUGGAAGUGCCACAUGGUGUCACCCCAGGACCUGAUGCUGCAGUUGUUCUCACUUGAAAGGCGAAGGCCAAGUCCAAAACACGGUGCAGAGAAUUCUGCAGCAGGACGCUAACUGCGAGAUCUUUUCUUGACAUUUGACACCAACAGUGAUGGUUCAUCAGAUGAAGCGAACUGGUAGUACUUCAUUUGAUAGAUGGCGCACAUUAAAUUUAAGUUCAUUAUACUUCUACAAUUGUACAUAAUAUGACAAAAAAAGCGCUAUGGUGGGCUUUGGUUUUUGAUUCAUCUGUUCCCGUUUUGAACUUGCUUUAUAGAUAUGUUUCCCCAUCUUUCCGUUA